AUGGCUACCCGCCGGCUGUCCUCCCUGGCGGGCAGUACCAAGGAUGGACCAUUUGACCCGACCAUCGCAAAUGAAGCCCAACUUGCGCAGCUGGGCUAUGAGCAAGAACUCAAACGCUCAUUCUCUCUCCUGGGCAUGGUCGGAUUCAGCUUUUCCAUCGUCACUUGCUGGACUGCCCUCGGCGGGACUUUGAUUGUGGGCAUCGUCGCUGGUGGCCCUCCCGUCAUGGUCUGGUCGUGGGUGGGAAUCUGUCUGCUAUCUUUGACGGUUGCAUACUCGUUUGCCGAGAUGUGCUCGGCCUAUCCCACUGCUGGCGGUCAGUACAGCUGGGUCGCCAUCCUCGCACCCCCCAGAUACGCUCGCGGCGCCGCCUUCGUCACUGGGUGGUUCAUGUGUACGGGCAUUGUGGCCAUGGGCGCCGUCAACAACUUUCUCGGCGCAAAUUUCAUCCUCGGAAUGGCCAACCUGAACAAUCCAUCCUACACCAUCGAGCGCUGGCACACGGUGCUGGUGACAUACUUGAUCGCCAUCCUCGCCGCCGCCAUGAACGUCUACCUCUCCCGCUGGCUCAAUCAGAUCUCCACCUUCGCCGUGGCGUGGAACAUUCUCAGCUUUUUUGUCAUCAUCAUCACCAUCCUGGCCGCCAACGACCACAAACAGUCUGCCAGCUUCGUGUUUUCCGACUUCCAGAACCAGACGGGCUUCUCGUCCGGCGGGAUGGCUGUCAUGAUUGGCCUUUUACAGACGCUGUUCGGCAUGUGCUGCUACGAUGCUCCUAGUCACAUGACGGAAGAAAUGCUCAACCCAGCCAAAGAAGCGCCCCAAGCAAUCAUCCUCUCGGUCUAUCUGGGCGCAGUGACGGGGUUCGUGUUCCUGAUCUCGGCCUUCUUCUGCAUCGGCGACCUGGACGCCACGGCGACCACGCCCACCGGCGUGCCCCUGAUCCAGAUCUUCUUCGACAGCACCAACAGCGUGGGCGGCGCCACGACGCUCGCCGCCAUGAUCACGGUGAUUAUGCUCAUCUGCUCCAACUCGCUCAUGGCCGAGGGGUCGCGCGCCCUGUGGGCGUUUUCCCGCGACCACGGUCUCCCCUUUAGUCGAGUGUGGGCCCGCGUGGACCCAAAAUCCAAAGUCCCCGUCAACAGCGUGCUGCUGUGCGGCGUGCUCCAGGCGGGGUUGAACAGCAUCUACUACGCCUCCUUCGAGGGCUUCUCGACCGUCAUCUCCAUCGCCACCUUCGGCUUCUACCUCUCGUACGCCGCGCCCCUGUUCGUGCGUCUGUGGAGCCUCGCCACAGGCACAAACCCCGCCGCAACCACCAUCCGCGGCGGCGUCUACACUUUGGGCAAAUGGUCCCCUUACCUGAACCUAAUCGGCCUCCUGUUCCUCACCUUUGCGGGGAUCGACUUCAACUUCCCGCAAGAAGGUCCCGUCACCGCCGGCAACAUGAACUACUGCAGCGCCGCGUUCGGCGUCAUCGGCCUCGUCAGCGUCGUUACCUGGGUCUUUGACGGCCGCAAGAACUUUACGGGUCCGCACACUCCGGUCGACCUCAAUACCAUUGAGGCCGCCGCGGCCGCUGCAGCUGACAAACCAACUGCCAUGGCACCUGGGCAGACGGUGGUUGGUGGUGACUUUGACGCGAAAGGGGACGCGAAGAUGGGGACCGGUCUCGCCGCUGAGGAGAGCGUCGAUGCCUCCUCCAGCGACGAGAAGUGGCCCAUCCAGGAUGUUGGGAGAGUCGCAUGA